UGCGGACAUAAGAACAGAACGUGCUAUGAUAGUCAGAGAAUAAUUGUAUUAUUUUUCUGUGCUGAAACAUUGCAUUUCGUUAUGGAUCAUCAUGAGUUGGUCAUCUGAUCAUUAGGAUUGUGUUUUUUCAUUGUGGAUUGUGCUUACUUUUCUGUCUAACGAUGGGAGAUGGAAGACAAAGGCGCAGAUGGGAGUACUGGUGGGUUGCUGUGCGUUUCUCUCUUCUGCUGUGUUUGGGGGAGAAGGUUUCAGCACAGAUAAGGUACUCUAUUCCAGAGGAGGUGAAAGAGGGAUCUGUUGUUGGAAAUGUUGCAAAGGAUUUGGGUCUUGACGUCAGUACUUUGGUGGAGAGACGGUUUCGUAUUGUUUCUGGAUCUAAGGACGCCCUUUUCCACGUAAAUCAGAACAAUGGCGUCUUGUAUGUUCAUAACAAAAUCGACAGAGAGGAGCUCUGUGAUGGCAAUAUUGCAUGUUUGAUUAACCUGAAAAUGGUUGUUGAAAACCCUUUAGAAAUUCAUUAUGUAGGUGUCGAAAUCACCGACGUCAAUGAUCACUCUCCUAUUUUUCCUGGAAAUGAGCAGUAUUUGGAAAUAGCGGAACAUACCAUGCUAGGGACGCGCUUCCAAAUCCAGGCUGCACGGGAUCCAGAUAUAGCGUUAAACUCUGUCCGUUUGUAUAAAUUAAGUCAGAGCGAUCAUUUUGAAAUUGAGAUUAGAGACGAUGAAGACAAAAUACCUUUCUUAGUCUUGAAAAAAGCUUUGGAUAGGGAGCUCAAAACCAAACACAGAUUACUUGUUACUGCAGUUGAUGGAGGUAGUCCACAACGAUCAGGGACGGUCAACGUCACUAUUAAUGUGCUUGAUUCGAAUGAUAACCGUCCUGUUUGUAGUCAAGACACCUAUUCAGUGAGACUACGGGAAAAUGCCGCACUUGGUACUGUGGUUGUUAGGGUAAAUGCCACAGAUCUAGAUGAGGGUUCAAACGGUGAGUUGGAGUACACUUUAGGCAGAAACCUAAAGCGUAAAGUAUAUGAUAUUUUUGAACUGGAUAGCCUAACUGGAGAAAUUAAAGUCAAAGGUGAGGUGGACUUCGAGGACACAGAAGUUUAUAAACUAGAUGUACAGGCUUCAGACAAAGGACAACCUCCCUUAACUGUGGAAUGCAGAGCAAUUAUAAAGAUAAUUGAUGUUAAUGAUAACCAACCAGAAGUAGAGGUGACAUCACUGUCCAAUGUCGUUUCAGAAGAUUCAAAACCCGGAACAGUUAUUUCGCUCAUUAGUGUGACAGAUAAAGACUCAGGUAUUAAUGGUAAAGUUUUGUGUAGCAUCUCCAACAAUGUACCGUUUGAGUUAAAACCGUCAUAUGAAGAUAAUAUGUACUCCUUAGUGACCAAACACCGUUUAGAUCGAGAGCUAGUGUCUGUUUAUGACAUCACAAUAACUGCCACUGACUGUGGUCAGCCUCCUCUGUCUACAUUCAAAACUCUGAGCGUCCAGAUAUCAGAUGUGAACGAUAACAGUCCAGAAUUCUCCCAAAACCCCCUUGAGCUGUACUUAGUGGAAAAUAACGCCCCUGGUGCAUCGAUAUUCUCUGUAAGCGCCACUGAUGAAGACUUAAAUGAAAAUUCUGCGAUUUCAUAUCACAUAGUUAGAGGUGAAGGAACACUGAAUGAUAUGUCAUCUUUCCUCAACAUCAAUUCGGAUAAUGGUCAUAUUUCCGCGCUCAAAAGCUUUAAUUUCGAAACCCUCAAAACGUUCCAAUUCCAAGUUGUAGCAACAGACUCUGGGACUCCAUCUCUAAGCAGAAACGUCACAAUAAAUGUUUUCAUUCUGGAUCAGAACGACAACGCUCCAGUGAUCUUGUAUCCAGUCAGCGCUAACGGUUCCGCUGAAGGUGUGGAGGAGAUUCCCCGUAAUGUGAACGCAGGCCAUUUGGUGACUAAAGUGCGAGCCUAUGACGCUGAUAUAGGAUAUAACGGCUGGUUAUUAUUUUCACUGCAGGAAGUUACUGACCACAGUCUCUUUGCUUUGGACCGCUAUACAGGACAGAUAAGGACACUUCGGUCAUUCACAGAGACAGACGAGGCUGAGCAUAAACUGGCCAUACUGGUGAAAGACAAUGGGAACGUUUCACUGUCAGCAACAGCUACUGUGAUUAUCAAGCUUGUGGAGCCCAAAGAGGCUUUUGCAGCUUCUGAUGUUAAAAGUUCAGUAAAAGACGAGGAGGAGAACAGCGUUACAUUUUAUUUGAUCAUUACUUUGGGGUCAGUUUCAAUGCUUUUUCUCAUCAGUAUCAUCGUGUUGAUUGUAAUGCAGUGCUCCAAACCCACAGACUAUUCCUCAAAGUAUUUACAAGAUGUGAAUUACGACGGGACACUGUGCCACAGCAUCCAGUACAGGUCCGGAGACAAUCGGUACAUGUUAGUUGGACCCAGAAUGAGUAUAGGUUCUACAAUAGUCCCGGGCAGCAAUGGGAAUACUCUUGUGCUACCUGAACACAGGAGGAGAGCUUCUGGAGAGGUAAGAGCUGUUUCUAAGAAUUUCAAAAUUUGA